AGAAUAUUUUUCCUUAGACCACUAAAAAGUUCAAUUUUUGGAAGUAAGCAGCCAAAGACAAAUCGUUUUGGGUGAAUAGCCGAUAAAGUAUGGACAAGGCUAUAAAACUACUUAGGCAAUAUUCCCCGUUUGGUGAAAUAGAGGAGGGUGCACUGUCAGACGUCAGAGAAAUUUUUUCGUCAAGUGCUCCAAAAGAAUGUACUAUUCCUGAGCUAAUUAUAUUUACGAAGUAUUUUCGAGAGGAAUUAUUAAAACAGCCAUUACCUGUUUACAAUUCAAAUGGUGAAUCGGCUUUCCGUGAAUUCGGCCAAUAUUUAAAAUAUAGGAUCAACGAUCAAUAUAAUCGAGACGACAAACUUCCAAUAGUAAAACCAUUGUAUGAUGAGUUUAUUGAAACUAUACUAAAGGUUUACGAAGAGGAUUGCGUAACUUCAGGAAAUUAUAGUUCCCUUAGGGAUCUAAUAUAUGGGAGCAACUUUAAAACAUAUGCUAAGGAGAACUUUACAGAAACUCACAUGAAAAGGCUUAUUCAAGCAUUCAAAAGAGAAUUUGAGCCAAAAAAAGAGACUAAUGUUCGAUCAUGGACAUCAAAUAUGCCUUAUCCAGCUGGUGAAAUAUUGGAUAUGAUAAAUCCUAAAGUCUGCGAAUCAAAUAAAAAGGAAAUGAUUGAGUUACUGCUAUUUUGGUGUGAAAAUUCAAUGAAGUAUAAAGGUGACGAUGACGGCACCAGGAAUAAAAUAGCUUUGGUCAGCAAAAUUCUUUCGGUGUUUGAGUCACCAUUGAAAGUCUCAAGGAAAGAAAACAAUAAUAGAUGUAUGCUUUUUAUGGAUUUAGAUAUGAAAAUUUAUGACUAUGCGUUUGGAAAGUUUCGUGAAAUUAUGAUGUCAGAAGAUUAUGGGGCUAACAGAUAUGUCAAUGAUAUUAUUUCAUUCUUAGUGAAGGAGUCGUUAGCGAUUGAACUAGAACAUACUACCAACAAUGAACUCUUAGCAAAAGCCUUUGCAUUUUGCAUGGAUAUAAGAAAAAAUGCAAAAAAAGAUUCCAAAUAUCUUUCAAAGAAAAUGAUUGAAAAGAUGAAUGAAAGAUAUCUUACUAUUGAUUUUAAGGCAGUUGGUAUGAAGGAUCAUUUUGAUCAAUUUUUAGACGAAUUAGCCAGUAUACGUACAAGAGAAGAAUGCUCUAGUCUAGUUGAAUUAAGGAAAAAGCAUUUUGAAGAAAAGUUUUUUUCCAUCAUUCAAAAUGAUAUUGAACAGUUGAAACGUUUUUUAAAAGUAAUUCUUGAAAAUCCAUGGAGAGAAGUACUAAAUACGUUUUAUGUGGAAAAAUUAGAAAAAAAGAAGCUUAUAAACUUUAAAAAGAAUGCCGAAAUAUUUUCAUAUAUUUUUGAUGUUGCUUAUAAUGCGAAAUUAGAUUAUGACGAGAGAAUAUUGGAUUGCUAUUGGAAAAUUGGUUUAUCACUUUACGAAGCAUUAGACAAGCAAAACUGUAUUGCAAAAUUCAAGAAAGAUAUUGUAAAAGUUAUCGAUAAAGCUUUCGAUUUCUCUAAGCAUCACCUACACAGUGCUGUAUUCAGAAUGACCUAUGGAAUUGAAUGGAAGAAUGAAUUAGCGACAUUUCAUAGUAUUCUUCGUAAACUGAACGUUAUUAUAGCGAGAAAAGAAGACCUAAGUCAUCCAUCAGAUAGAAUAUGCGAAACUGCAAAAUUAGUUAUAGAAAGAAUCUCAUAUGGAGUCGGCAAAAAUAAGAAAAUACUUGAGAUAAAGGAUACUUUGGGUGAACUUUUUAACGCUUGUUACGACCUACCAUGGUCCAUUGAUGAUGACGAUCCUAGAAUCGCAAAAAAAUUGAUUGUUAAUGAUGAUGAUAAGCGAACUCUGGCAGGACACAUUCUGAAGACUUCGUUAAAAACGAUCUAUCAGACAAAUAACGACUAUAGUGAACUUUUAUUUCCGGUUAUCGAAGUAAUAAAGAAAUUAAAAAGACAAGACGAUGACCAAGAGUUACAGAACGCAGCAACUGACUUGAUAAAAAAUUUAACAGAUCAGAUGGAACUAUUAGGGGAUGAAGGUGGUAUAGAGAUUAUAGAUGAAUUUCUUGAAGAAAGAAAUGGUGCUCUUUUAGGAAAGGUUGCUGAAAUGUAUCCAAACUGCUCUGACUAUAUCCAUGAGAAGAUCCCUGAAAUUUUGGAAAUAACUCAGGAAGAAGAAAAUCUGGCCAUGCACUAUUUCGUUCAAUUAAUGGGAAAAGUCAUUCAACAUCAUCCUGAACAAAUCACGGAAGACAUAGUUGAUUUCUUAAUGACAUAUUUAGACGGACAUCUAGCGGCGUCAACUUUUCAAAUCUUUCAAAAAAUCGCAACGACAAACUCACGCCUCUUAGAAAAACACCACACAACGAUUGGUGACUUCAUUCAAAAUCACGAAUACGGCGGUAUGUUUUGUAAUUUAACAGCUGAUCUUUCAAAUUCCGAGCAGACGGCCAGUUAUUUUACUGACAUUAUAUGGAAAAGACAUAUUGCGACUGGUGAAACACCUUAUACACCAUCUCUUCUAUAUUCUUUUCGUUCAAUGGCUCACAAAUACAAAGAACCAGUUGCCAAAUACCGACAAGAAUUUGAAAAAAUGAGAGAAGGAAAACAUAAAGAUGCUAUUUUAGCAAUAUUUGAUGUACUAGACGGAAGGACGUUAGAAAAUGUAGCAAAUGAUGUUGAAGAACAAAGAGAAGAUAUUGAUAAUUUAGAUUCCAGAGUUACGAAUAAUGAAGAUAAAAUUGAAAAUCUUGAUAAUGAUGUCAGAGAAACUAAAGAAGACGUCGCCAAUGUUAAACAAGAUGUCAAAGAAACUAAGGAACGCAUUGAUCAAAUUGAAUAUACAAUCAAAGGACUCGAUGAAAGAGUUGAAGAACUCAGUCAUAUGACUCUUUCACAUGCUCCCGCUUGGACUCGUCAUGUUUCCGAAUUAAUGAAUGAUCAAACCGAUCACGAUUGGAGACUCUUAGCUAUGAAACUCAACUAUACAAACGACGAUAUACGAAAUUGGGCUACUCAACCAGAUCCUUGUCUAUCGAUGUUUGAUGAAUGGUUUGCUACUCACAAAACAAGAGAAGCUACAAACGCCAUUUUAACUAAUCUGAAAGAAAUGAACAGAUUAGACGCUGCUGAAAUUGUGGAAAGUGCACUUGCAAAUGUGAAAGAUGUUGUUCAAGAUGACGAAGAUGAAGAGUUUGAGAAACCAGAAGUGUUUCUCAGCUAUCAAUGGGGACAUCAACAAGAAGUGAAACUUCUGCGUAAACACUUGGAGAUGGCCGGAUUCAAGGCAUGGAUGGACAUUGGCCAAAUGGGUGGAGGUGACAAAUUAUACGCCAAAAUCGAUGAUGGUGUUCGUUCAGCCAAAGUGAUUAUCAGUUGUGUAAGUGAGAAAUAUGCAAAAUCCGCAAAUUGCUGUAGAGAAGUUAACUUGUCAACAAAUCUUGGAAAACCAAUGAUACCAAUACUCAUGGAACAAUUAUCGUGGCCUCCUGCAGGUCCGAUGGGACCAAUCAUGUCUGAAUAUUUGUAUAUUAGGUUCUUCAAGUCUGGUGGAAUGGAAAAAGGCGACUCUGUAUUUUGGUUGCCAGCAAAAUUUCAGGAACUUCUCAUGCAAGUUCGAUACUUCGUCGUACCAGAUAUGAAACUCAUUACGAAUGAUUCUCCUUAUAAAGGAUGGAUGAAUCCACCGGAAGAAGAAAUCAUCAUUCCGAAACGAGAACAAAAGGCCAUUGAAUCAAGCAAUGGGAAAUCGGAAGAGAACACGGAACAAGAAGUUUCGCCAGAUGUCUUUAUAUCUUAUCAAUGGGGAAAACAACCACAAAUUAAACGUCUAUAUAAAAAGCUUAGUGAAAUGGGCUAUUACUGUUGGUUAGAUAUCAUGCAGAUGGGAGGAGGAGAUUCUCUUUUUGAUAAAAUUGAUAAGGGAAUCAGAGGAGCAAAAGUGAUAAUAUCAUGUGUUACUCCAAAGUAUGCAUUGAGUGCGAAUUGUCGAAGAGAAGUUUCAUUAUCAGGAGCAUUGAGUAAGCCAAUUGUUCCUUUAUUAUUAGAAGACAUGAAAUGGCCACCAGAAGGACCAAUGUCGAUGACAUUUACGGAGCUUUUAUACAUUGGAUUUCACAGAAAGAAAGACGAUAAGUUGUGGGAGGGUGAUGAAUUUAAUCAAUUAAUUUCAAAAAUUGACCUGAAUGCACCAGGAUGUCGAAUGAUUUCGGAGGCAGCGGAGACUAAUGAAAGUAAUAAAAAAGCUAAAGAUGAUGAAGAGGCGGCUCGUAAAAGAAAAUUGGAAGAGGAAAAUAAGCAAAAAGAGUUGGAGAAGGAAAAUGCGAAAAGAAUUGAAGAAGAAAGAAGGAAGGAGGCUGAAGAAAUGAAGAAACUGGCUGAAGAAAAACGGAAACAAGAAGAGGAAAUCAGAAUGCGAGAAGAAGAAAUUAGAAAGCGGGAAGAAGCAAUAAUGAAGCGAGAACUAGAAUUGAAAAAGGUAGAAGAAGAUAAUAGGCGAAAAAAUGAGGAGAAACAGAGGCGAGAAACAGAGUUGAGAAGGAGAAAUGAAGAGGAAAAUCGUGAUAAUCCUCCGAAAAAGUCAUCUACCUGUUCAAUUUUAUAAAUAUUUAAUAAUUUUAAAAAAGUAUAUUUUUUAAAGUGCAAAUGGUGCUGUAUAUAUGGAUAAAAGUUUAUAUUCUAGUAAAUACUAUUGUCGACAUGAAAUGAAUUAAAGGUUUUUUUUGUGAAGUUAUUGUUGUGGCUGAAUGAAAAUCUUGAAAUACAAAUUUUUUUGAGUUGUGUUACUUUAAA